AUGCCCAGUGAGUUUGCAUUAGUUGCGGCAGACGAUUUUGUUUUCGUUCAGAGAUUCUCGAGCUUCAGUCGCCUGGUGAGGACCACAGCCUGGGUCCUACGGUUUGCGCGCUGGUGCCGCAAACAGCGAAACGAACUCGAGGAAUACGGCCUUACUGCAGCAGAAUGUAAGGCCGCGGAGAACCUGUUGGUCAGACAGGCACAAUUGGAGUCGUUCCCCGACGAGAUGAGGUCGGCGGAAACUGGACAGGACGUCGCUAGAUCGAGCGACAUUCGAGGGUUGGUGCCCUACCUAGACGAGGACGGGAUUCUGCGAGCUUACGGCAGAAUUGAUGCCGCACUGUGCAUCCCGUACAGUGCGAGGAGACCCGUAUUACUGUCACACAGGCACAGUCUGUCAGAGCUGAUUGUGAGAGACUUCCACGCCAGGAUGAAGCAUCAAAAUGUGGAUGCUACGAUUGCGGAGAUCCGGACAAAGUUCUGGGUCACAAAGAUGAGGCGUGUGAUGCGGGGAGUCAUCUCAUCGUGCAACGAGUGCAAGUUGCAGCGAGCGCGGCCGAUGCCGCCGAUAAUGGGACCCCAUCCGGAAGACAGACUGGAUGCGGGUGGAUGGCCAUUCAAAUACACAGGACUGGACUACUUUGGGCCACUGCUGGUGACUGUGUCCCGUCACAAGGAGAAGCGUUGGGUCGCCUUGUUUACGUGUUUGACGACAAGGGCGAUUCACCUGGAGCUGGCGCAUGACCUGUCGACGGAUUCCUGCAUAAUUGCGAUCAGGAACUUCGUCUGCCGUAGAGGGCCAGUAUAUAGACUGCGCAGCGAUAACGGCAAGAACUUCGUGGGAGCUGACAGGGAAGCCAGGCGCUUUGGUGACGUAUUCGAGAUGGAGAAGCUUCAGAGUGAGUUGUCAAGCAGAAGGAUUGAAUGGGUUUUUAAUUGUCCAGCGAACCCGUCUGAGGGCGGAGUUUGGGAGCGCAUGGUGCAGUGCGUCAAGAGAGUACUGCGUCAUACCCUGAAGGAAGUUGCGCCGAAGGACCAUGUAUUGGAGAGUUUCCUGAUUGAGGCGGAGAAUAUUGUAAACUCGCGUCCGCUCACCCACUUGCCUGUGGAUGCGGACCAGGAGGCGCCGUUGACGCCAAACGAUCUACUCAAGGGAGUAGCCAAUCUGCCGGAUACGCCUGGAUUGGAUGCGGAGCUGCCCAAGGAGGGUUCUACGAGGAAGCAGUGGAGGAUUGCUCGCCUGCUACGAGACCGUUUCUGGAGGAGGUGGGUCAUGGAGUACCUGCCUACGCUUGUGCGCCGCGAGAAGUGGUGCCGCCGAACGGAGCCCAUCCACCAGGGUGAUAUGGUCUUCGUCUGCGAUCCUGCCUUGGCCCGACGAGAGUGGCGCAAGGGCAUCGUGGAGGAGAUCUACAGCGGAGCUGAUGGAGUCGUCAGACGCGCUAAGGUGCGCGUGAACGACAACGGCCUAUCUAGGACAAUGAUGCGACCCGUCUCUAAACUUGCAGUUUUGGAUUUGAGUGAAGCGGUUCUUCACGGGGUCGGGGAUGUCGCGGAUCGAAUAUUGUUAUCGAUAGGCUAG